GUUUUAGCGCUGCUUUCUGACAAUAUUCCGCGUACGACCAACACUGUCUUCUUUCUUCAUCUCUCUCUCUCUUCACACCCUUUCUCGUGUUCCAUUUGCAUUAAUGCCAUUUAUAUUUUUUUUAUGAAUCAACACUGUGCAUGCAAUUGCAAACUGGUUCAGAUACAUAACAUUGAGCUUCUUAUGUCGGUUACUCUCUGAUCUCUCUAAAUCUUCAGCAUUUCGCAGUUUUACUCCAAAGGUUAUUUUGAUCGAAAUCGUUUGAUGUAUUUCGGUUGUGGUUAGGGUAGUUUGUUGUUGAAAAGUGAGGUUGUAGAUCAUGGAUUUUUUGAAGAUUAAAAACAAGUUUAGAAAGUCUCAGAAAGGAGGUGUUGAAAAAGAUUUGGUAGACAAGGCAGUGCCGGAGCCUGAGGAACCGAAGCCGAAUGGUGGUGAUCUGGAUCAGUGUAAAUCAGUUAAUGCAGAUUCUGCUGGUGAUGCUGAGGAGGACGACGAUGAUUUUAUUACCAAUGAGGUGAAGAGGAGGCUCAAGGAAUUGAGAAGAAACAGUUUUAUGGUGUUGAUUCCCGAGGAAGAUUCGUGUCUGGAGGAAGGGGAGGAUGAAGAGGAAGAGGGAGAGACGGGUUCUAAUGAAUGGAGGGAUGUGGAGGCAGAAGGUCAGCAAUGGUGGCGAGGCUUUGAUGCUGUUUAUGAAAAGUACUGUGAAAGAAUGCUGUUCUUUGAUCGGAUGUGCGUGCAGCAUCUUAGUGAAAUCGGAAAAGGUUCUCAGAACACUCCAACUCCAUCUCCAAGAUCUACUACAGCAAAGAAACUGGUCUCUCCCAUGCGGUGUCUUUCCUUGAAAAGGUUUGAAGAACCAGAUGAUGAGUUUGAACAUCUUCAACAGCCUGAAAAUUGUCCCUACUUGGAUAUUGAAACGGCAUAUAUAGGUCAAAUUUGCUUGACUUGGGAGGCACUUCAUUGUCAAUACUCUCAUAUGAGUUAUAAGAUAUCUUGGCAACACGAAAAUCCUACAUGUUAUAACCGAAGUGCACAGGAGUUUCAACAGUUCCAGGUUCUAUUGCAGAGGUUUAUUGAAAAUGAACCUUUCGAGCAAGGACUUCGACCUGAAAUUUAUGCUCGCACAAGGAAUACUUUGCCUAAACUGCUUCAGGUUCCUAAUAUAAGAGGUUCAGAUAACGAAUUAACAGAUGAAUCAGAUACGAGAGUUCUUGCUCCAGAUUUGAUCAGGAUAAUUGAAAACUCUAUCCUUACUUUCCACCUUUUCCUGAAAAGGGACAAGAAGAAGUCAAAUGGUGUUAUCAACCUGUUCGGAAAUCAGAACCAGCUUGCAACUCCUCUACAUCAGAUUCAGUCUACUCUUGAGAAGAAAGUGGUGAAACUGAAGGAACUGCGAAAAAGGAAGAAGGGUUGGAGAAAAAGUUCUUGGCCACAAAAGCACGAGGAUAUCCAACUAUUGCUUGGCCUAAUUGAUGCGAAAAUUCUAUCAAGGGUUCUGAGAAUGACAAGGAUGACUAGAGAACAACUGUUUUGGUGUGAAGAAAAGAUGAAAAAACUUGAUUUAUCAAAUAGUAAGUUAGAGAGGGAUCCAUGUCCCAUUCUCUUCCCUUGCUAACUGCUUCGAAUGAUAAAUGUUGCUGAAGCCGCCGCCUGCUUAGGUAUGAGUAUAAGAAAGCGUAUUAGCAACGUUUUCUGCUAAAUCAAAUGUAUUAUUGUUGUGUCAUAUCAUAUCUGUGAGUUUGUAGGAUGUUUUUCUGUGUAAUUCUCUGUAAACCAAACUGCCUUAAGUUAAGGAUUAUUGUAGUUGGUUCUUAAGACAAUCUUCCAAAAGACCAAAAUUUGUAAGCUUAAUGAACUUGGUCUUAAAAAAUGAGUGACAAAGAAAGUUGAUUCCA